AACGAUAAAAGCUUGAGCCUGGGUGAAGCAAUUUAAUUUGGAUUUGAAUCAGACUCACAUGAUGCGGGUGGAACUGAUGUUGCUGGCGGCUGUGGCUCUGUCUCUCCCUAUGCUCUCCAAUGGUGAAGUGCUGUAUGUCAUGUCUGCUCCCAACCCUCUACGGGUGGGUAGCAUGGAGAGGGUCUUUGUUGAAGCUCAAGAUUACUCAGGGGAUGAUUUCAAUGUCAAAAUCACGGUGAAGAACUUCCCUGCAAAAGAUCAAGAGCUCCCAUCUACAAGUGUGUCCCUGAAUUUAGUUAACAAAUACCAGGCACUUAUUGACGUUACCAUCUUGGAGCGACCUGGCUUCUUUGAUGAGGACUACACAGUGAACCAGUAUGUGUACCUGCAAGCUGAGUUCCCAGGUCACCUUCUUGAAAAAGUAGUCCUGGUCUCCUUUCAAACCGGCUACAUAUUUGUACAAACGGACAAAACCAUUUACACGCCAGAAAGUCAAGUGCAUUACAGAGUCUUUGCCGUAAACUCCGGUCUAGAGCCUGUAUCAGAUAUCAUCAAUGUGGAAAUCAUGAAUCCUGAUGGAAUCACCUUAAAGCAGAACAAUUACAAACCACACAAUGGAAUAAUAUCUGGACACUUCCCUAUCCCAGAGAUCACCAGAAAUGGAAACUGGAAAGUGGUCUCCAACUUCAAGAAUAACCCACAUAAGAACUUCACUGCAGAUUUUGAGGUGAAAGAAUAUGUUCUACCCAGCUUUGAAGUCAUAUUGAAAGUGAGCAAGUCCUUCUUCCACGUUGAUGAUGUUGAGCUAUCGGUCAACAUUGAUGCCAGGUACCUGUUUGGGGAGCCUGUGACAGGAUUUGGUUUUGUGGUGUUCGGGGUGAUCCAAGGAGAUGGCAGGACGAGUUUUCCCAGCUCUCUCCAGAGAGUGGAGCUUAUUAAAGGAGUGGGCAAAGCGGUUCUGAAGAGACAGCACAUUAAAGAACCUUUUCCAGACAUCAAUAACCUUUUGCAGAAAUCCCUCUACAUAUCAGUCAAUGUGUUAACAGACACAGGGAGUGAGAUGGUGAAAGCAGAGAAAAAGGGAAUCUUCAUAGUCAAGUCACCGUAUAGCAUUCACUUCAAGAAGACCCCACUAUACUUCAAACCAGGAAUGCCAUAUGACAUCUCGGUGUAUGUGACCAAUCCAGAUGAUUCUCCAGCCAAAGAUAUUGAUGUGGAGGCUUCACACAAACACCAACAAGUGCAGGGGAAGACACAUGAAAAUGGUAUUGCCAAAAUGACAAUUAACACGGAUGUGGGCACUGCUGAGCUGCCUAUCACGGUGAAGACCAAUGUCAAUGGACUUAGAGAUGACAGGCAGGGCACACAGAUGAUGACUGCCAAGCCCUAUAAAUCAAAAGACAACUCACAGAACUACAUUCACAUAAACAUCCAUUCUGCAGAGGUCAAAAUCGGAGAGCGACUCAAAGUAGACCUAAGCCUCGGCAGCAGUCCUGCGGCCCAGCAUUCCAAACAUGAGAUAACCUAUCUGAUCUUGAGCAAAGGACAGCUCAUUUCCUCCCAAAGGUUAGAGUGGAGGAAGGGACAAGGACUGGUGAAUACACAUUAUCUGACGGUGAACAAGGAUAUGAUCCCCUCCUUCCGGAUUGUGGCAUAUUACCACGUGGGCCAGAAAGAGGUUGUGUCUGACUCUGUGUGGGUCGACGUCAAGGAUACGUGCAUGGGAUCGCUAAAAGUGGAUGCUGUCAGUCCCCGUGCUAGUUAUGCACCUGGGGCAGAAGUCACCCUGUCUGUCAUUGGUGAUUCAGAGGCCAGGGUGGGACUUGUGGCUGUGGAUAAUGGGGUCUACGUCUUGAAUGACAAAAACCGACUUACUCAGACGAAGAUCUGGGACAUGAUAGAGAAACAUGACACAGGCUGCACUGCAGGGAGUGGAAUGGACAGUAUGGGGGUUUUCUACGACGCUGGGCUGGUGUUUGCAUCCAGCGGUGCAGGGCACACCCGUGAGAGGACAGUCUCCAGCUGCCCUGUCAACUCAAGGAGACGACGAGCAGUGACUAUAAAUGAUGUCGUAACCACACUGGCGAGCCAGUACAUAGGCCUGGAGAGACAAUGCUGCAUGGACGGUAUGAGGAAGAACAUUCUAGAUUACACAUGCGAGCGGCGUGCCCAAUACAUCAGCGAUGGAACAGACUGUGUGGAAGCCUUCCUGAAAUGUUGUCGAGAAAUGGCCACCAAACGUGAAGAGGCCAAGACUGACCAGCUCAUAUUAGCCCGCAGUGAAGAAGAGGAUGAAGAUUUCGAAAGUUUUAACGACAUCAUUUCCCGUUCCUUCUUCCCUGAGAGUUGGCUGUGGAUUGAGGAGAGUCUGCCGCGGUGUCCUGACAAUAAGCAGUGUCCUGUGCAUAACAGAAAAAUUACCUUACCGGGUUCCAUCACCAGCUGGCAGAUCACUGCCAUUGGCCUGUCCAAAACACAUGGAAUCUGUGUGUCUGAACCCCUCAAACUAAUUGUUUGGAAGAACUUCUUCCUUGAUCUGAAGCUGCCCUACUCUGCCGUGCGCAAUGAGCAGCUGGAAAUCAAAGCCAUUCUUCACAACUACAUGGAGGGCUCUAUAACCGUCCGUGUAGAACUGAGGGAGACACCAGACGUGUGCAGCUCUGCCAGCAAGAAGGGGAGGUACAUUGUUACUGUUAUGGUGGACCCCAGGUCCACACGAAGUGUCCCCUUUGUCAUCAUCCCCAUGAAGCUGGGCCUCCAUACCAUCGAGGUGAAGGCCUCCGUCCGAGAUUGGGGUGGUCGCGACGGUGUUAAGAAGGAGCUACGUGUGGUGCCCGAAGGGGUGCUAACAAGGCUUCAAGUGAAGAAAGUGGAACUGGAUCCCGCCAAACACGGGGGGACGGAUACUGUGCGUGUUAGGAGUGGUCCACUGGCUAACCAGGUUCCAAAUACACCUGCCAGAACACACAUAAGUGUGACAGGUGAGCAGUUGGCCAGCACGAUAGAGGCAGCCAUCAGUGGUUCACCCCUGGGCGACCUCCUUAGACAACCAGGUGGCUGUGGGGAGCAGAACAUGAUAGGCAUGACUUUACCUCUCAUCGCCACACAUUACCUGGACACGACCAAACAGUGGGAUAAGGUGGGAUUAGAACGCAGAAAUCAAGCAGUCAGCUACAUUCAAAGGGGUUAUGAGCAAGAACUGGCCUACCGGAAAAAAGAUGGAUCAUAUGCUGCCUUUGAUAAUGAGCCUAGUGGUACCUGGUUGACAGCUUAUGUUGCUAAGGUAUUUGCCAUGGCAAACCCUUUAAUCGUUAUUUCGGAAGAUGUCCUGUGCAGUGCAGUCAAGUGGCUUGUCAUGAAAAGACAGCGACCCAAUGGCAUUUUCGAGGAAACUGGCAAACUCCUACAUCCCACCAUGAUGGGAGAUGUACUGGGGAAAGACGUGGAUGACACCUUGACAGCAUUUGUGCUCAUAACCAUGCAGGAAGCACACACAAUUUGCAUAAAGGACGAUGGUAUCAGGAACCUGCCAGAGAGCAUUGAAAAGGCUAAGCAAUACCUAGAAUUCCGGAAUCAACACCUGACCAACCCUUAUUCAGUGGCUAUAACCUCAUACGCCCUGGCUAACGAGGGCAAGCUCAACCAGUCUAUCCUAUUCAAACACUCAUCUACAGACCGGACCCACUGGCCUGUUUCAGAGAACCACCUUCUCACUCUGGAGGCCACAGCUUACGCCCUCUUGGCCCUGGUGAAGGCUGGUGCCUUCGAGGAAGCUGGUCCCAUCGUUAGGUGGCUCAAAAGCCAGGGUUUUCAAAGAGGAGGUGACUCAUCCACUCAGUCCACUAUCAUGGUGUUCCAGGCUGUGGCAGAGUACAUGGCGAAAGCAGGAAAAGUAAAAGACAUUGAUCUGAAUGUGGACAUUGAUAUCUCAGGGAGAACUGAAGUCGUCAAGUGGUCAUUCAGCAAGAGUACCGCCUUACUCACACGCACCGACAAGGUCCAGCAGCAUGAUAACUUCACAGUAACUGCCAAAGGAACUGGUCUUGGGGAAUUAUUGGUUACAACCAUAUACUAUGCCACGCCCAUAGAGAAGAACCAAGACUGCAAAAACUUUGUGCUUGAUGUGGACCUAAUAAAGCAGGCUAAAGUUGCACUCAACGGAGCGCAAGAGACAUAUAUGCUCCACAUUGACAUGUUGUUUAAAUCUGACAGAAAUGCCACCAUGACCAUUUUAGACAUCAGCUUGCUGACUGGCUUUGUAGUUGAAGUCCAGGAUCUGAAACAGUUGUCAACCGGGACGGAAAGGUACAUUCAGAGGUUUGAAAUGGACAAAAAGUUGUCUGAGAGGGGCUCCCUCAUCAUCUAUCUUGACCAGGUUUCUAAUAAACUAGCAGACAAGGUGGCGUUCAGAAUACACAAGGUACAAGAUGUAGGUCUGCUUCAACCUGUUGGGGUCACCGUUUAUGAAUACUAUGCUCAAGAGAACCGCUGUGUGAAGUUCUACCACCCAAAUAAGAAGGACGGAACCCUGAACAGGCUUUGUCAGGAAGAUGUGUGCCGUUGUGCUGAAGAGAGCUGUAGCUUCCAGAAGAAACAUGGAGACAUGAGUAAAGUGAAAUUGUUGGACAAAGCCUGCGAAGCUGGAAUGGAUUAUGUUUUCAAAGCCUCCUUGGUUAACGCAACACUGGAGUCCUACACCGAUACAUACCUAAUGGAAAUAAAAAGGAUUAUCAAAGAAGGCACUGACCUUCUGUUGAACGGGGAAAAGCGCUUGUUCCUGGCCCACCCCUCCUGUAGAAAGGCACUGGAUCUGGAAGAAGGCCAGAGCUACCUGCUCAUGGGAGACACUGCAGCUCUUAUCCAGAGUGGUGACAGAUUCGAGUACGUAUUGGGUGAGCGGACAUGGAUCGAAUCCUGGCCCACAAGUGAUGAGUGCAAUAUCCAGGGUCCGACCAGGGAAAGAUGUUUGGAAAUCAAUGACUUUGUUCACGUAAUGGAAAACGAAGGAUGUGUAAACUAGAGUGAACAUGUGUUAUUCUGUUUUCAUUUGUCACAGUUACAUUUUUUCCUUGCAAAAGAAUGUCUGCACCAACUGUAGCCAAAAUUAGCGCUGUACUUGUCAAUUAAAAUGCUUUGUUUGUUGUACUGGAAGAUAAUUGCGAAGAAAAAAAAACAUGAAUAAAGAUGUUAUUCCAA